CCCCUCCCACUCCAGCCGCCGCUGCCCCCUUCUCCCUCCCAGAUCCAAUCCAAGUCAGAACCCCUCGCCCUCCCGCCCCGGCCUCCAUCUCCAUUCCUGCGCAUGUCGGCCACCUCCCUCCGGCGGAGUUCAACCCCCACCCCCAAGCACUGUUGCUCCACCCUCUCGCCCAUCCACAGAUCGAGCGAGGGGUGAGGCAACGCCCAGAUCCAUCGCCCCGCCGGAAUGAGAUGCAACACCAGAUGCCAAUCAGGACCUCGAUCUGGAUCGAGCAGGCGCUCUCCACCGAUGGGGCUUGGGCUGGCCGGCGUCCCACGUUGACGUCCUCCUCCCUCUCGCUCCCGGCAACGUGCUCGGUCUCCGCAGCCGAUGGCGCAGUCCGGCAACAACGACGCCACCUCGAUCAGUACUCAGCUCGCGGCGGAGGAUGUGAAGGUGGAGAGGACGCCCGAGGAGGAGGAGGCCAGGCUAAGGUACCUCGAGUUCGUGCAGCAGGCGGUUGCGCAGGCUGUCUUGCUGGUCACCGCGGCCUGCGCAUACGCCAAGCAGGACACCGGCCCGCUAUGCCCCGGCGUCGACCACGUCGAGGGGACCGUCAAGGCCGUCAUCGGCCCCGUGCGCCGCUGGAUUCGAGGGUGGAGCCUGAGCCUCCACUGGAGCAUGGAUCAGACGUGCAGGAGGUGGAGCUCCGCAUGGAUCAUGACAUGGUCGUCGUGGGGGCUUGGAUCAUCAAGUCCGCAGGCGGCGUUGGGGGCGGUGCAGUGCCAGCUGCUGGACAUAGUUCACCCUGGGUUGGUGUUGAUGCACAAGGUGAAUUUUGAUGCCAAGACGGAGUACGACAUGAUCCAGAACUACAGGAUUCUCCUGGAUGUGUUCAACAUGCUGUGGAUAGGCAAGACCAGGAAAUGAAAGAUCGCUCGACAAACGGCCGCUUCCAGACAGUUGGAUCUGAUCUUAUACCCGCACACGAGAGCUACCGGAGCAGCAACAGAUUAACAAGGACCCAAGCUGGACUCCCAAGUUCUUCGGUGAGCUGGCUCCAUCUCCUACCCCUAGCUCCCUCUUUUCUGCUCCUAUAGCAUGCUUUGUUGGACUCAUGCUCUGCUCCUACACAAGCUGGACUCAUGCUUUGUUAUACACUAGCAGCAGUACCUCAUGUACAUGCUCAAGGCGCUAAGGUGUUGGAGACGUGCCUAUACUUGUUGAGUGUUUUAUCUGUAGAGUGCUAUAUUGUGAUUGGUGUAAUAUUGUAUGGUUAUAUUGUGAUUGGCGGAAUGUAAUAAACUUGAUUGGUAUAUUGGUGAUUUGGCUGUUAUUUGAAUAUAUUUAAAAUGUGUUC